ACCUGUCAAAUUUGUAUUGAAUAUCGUUUCAAGUUUGGUGUGAAAAUGCUGAACAUGUUUCUGUUUAUGAAAGUGCCUACCUUCAUAGCCCCCAUGGCCUGCCAGACCCCAACAGAUAAGGAAAAGGCCAGUUUCUGUCUUCAGCUGUUAGUAGAUAGGGAUGGCAACAUCUUCUAGCUUCAGAAACCCUGUUUGAAGUUCACUUGAAGAAAUGAGUGAAACAAAUCUGGUGGUGACUCUUUGUUUUUGGUAGAAUGAUAGUUGCACGUUACUGUUUGUGAAAUGAGUACGUAGGUUAAGAAAAGUAUUUCACCUUACAGUAAAAAAAUAAUUCAUUUUACUAGUGGUUUUGCUUGCAUUCUCCUUUCAGUUUCCUGUUUUAACUCAUUCAUAAGACAUGCUUGUCUGCUGUACAGGUUGAGAUGGCUACUGAUGGCCUGAAUUCUUCUCUUAUAUCUUUUUAUAUUGAAUGGUUGAGUUCCAUGAGGCAUAUAAAGCUUGCUACAAAACAAUAGUGUUUGAACUGGAAGUGAAAAACAGCUCAUGCCAUCUAGCACCUGAGUGAAAAUAUGAGUUCUCAUGUUGAACUUUCUUUGUCCUUUACUUUUGCUCUGAAUGAGCACAAUUUUUGUGUGAAAUUUGGAGGAUUGAAUCUGUCAGUUGGGUAGAAACGUUUUUUUCCUUGAAAGAUUUGCAACCUAAUCAAUGAAUAAUAUCCGAUUUUUUUUUUUCUUUUGUGGUUCUUUUAAGAUACCUAAGGUUUUUUUCACUUCUGGUUGAAGAGUAUAUUCUAAGUGACCUUAGCAAGAUCUAUGUAAAUAAAAAUACUGUUAUAGUGUAUACUGGCUUAAAACUUUAAAGCAAGGUAAUUUCAUGCUUAGAAUGAAAAGAAGGUGGCUGUGUGGGCGUGUAUGUUUAUAUGCCUGAGAAAAUGUAAAUGUGGAAGCAUCACUCCUCAAAAGAAGUGUGACUUUCGGUAUCGUAGGUCUGAUUAUGAUAUUUCAAUCUUGCUUUGUUAUGUGUGCAUAUAUGAAAGUGAUUAGUUAAGUUUCCACUGGCAAACUCUUGCUGUUCUCCUGCAGAAAUUGGGGUGGGUGCACAGGCCACUUGAUCACUUCUUGUUGCUGUUGUUCAGUUUUCUCUAUUUGCAACUACUACUUGACCCAGAACUGGGUUGAACCUAUACACAGUUCAUAUGAGUUUGUUUCAGGCUAAUGUUUUUGUUAAAUAUAUAUCAAUGGAGUCAGCAGAAGGAAAUUAAUUUCCCUUUUUGUAUGUGAAUUGUUUCAGGAAUUGUCUAUAUCAUCUGUUUCAUGGAAAUGUGUGAAGCUCUAGCAGUAGAAUUGGUUUUUGGAAGGAGAGGGUGGUUUUGGACUAGCAGCAGACGUUUUUGGCUGGAGGAAUAGCAACUUGAAACUUCACUUACUGAAGAAACCUGUUCACAAUUUUGUCUGUUUUUUUUUUUUUUUUCCCCAGCGUUCCUGAAAUAAACUUCCUGCAAUUCUUUGCAGUGUGCAGGUGUCCAGACUCCCCUUUACUCAUGGUCGCCUGUGAAACCCGUCAGGCAACUGAAGGCUGUACCUAAAAUUCUGCUGGCAGUGCAGCACACUGCAGUGGCCUUGAUAUAGUUACGGUGGACACCUUGUGCAGCCACAGCUGUAGCAUCCCCUCGUAGUCCGAACAACUGAGUAUUGCGGUCCAGGAGUCUACACGUGUGGAGGACUGCCUGGAAUAGAAAAAGGAAAGCUGCAGAGAUUGUAAGCUGCUGCUUGAUCCGUGUGGCUGUUGUGCCGAGGAACAUCAAAACUUUGCUGGAUGGAUCCGACAGCUCGUUGCAAAGUAGAGGGUCAGUCUUGCUGGUUAUUUGCAGUUAUUAACCUUAGUGGAUUUUAAAUUUUUUUGUUUCCUUUGUUUUUAUAUUUUUCUCUGUAUGCCUAAGAGGAUUGUGGCCUUGCAAGCAGAAUGCUCAUGUUCAGGAAACUUAAGGCUGUUUCUGCUGAAGGGCUUUGAAGAUCAGCAGGCAUUUCCUCCAGGGUUUACAGCAUUGUUGAAGGAAACAUUCCCUGCAGAAGUCUUCAGGCCUAUCCGCCCGACUUUGGUCAUUUCUUACCUCACCAGCACGUGGAUUAUGCUGUUUGCAGACUGUCUAAGCUGCAUGAUGACCUUCGUGGAUUCCUCAUGAGCUUUUACAAGGCCAGGCCAGUGUACUUUGUAAAAUCCUUUAGAAAUGCCUGCUAGGCUUUUAAAGUCCCAGAGCAUAGACUAUACUACAAGAAACUCGGAAGGUCAGCCACUGGAUAUGGUUGUGGAUGAAGGGGGAUUUGUGUAUGUGUGUGUAUGCAGUUCUUGUUUUGAAAAUACAUAUUUUUUCAGGUCAGAUAGAGAUAUAUUGUUCCUGAGAAGGCUUCAUGUACUCUCUGAUAAAGCUGAGGGACUUCUGAAUUCCAUAAGAAAUUGAUGAACAAGAUCCUUAUGUCCUUUCUUUGCAUGUGUGUUGCAGUUUAUGAAAAUGAACAGAUGCUGUUUCAUUUUGUCAGUGUGCUGGAAGCACCUCCCACAGGUUACUUGCACUGUGUGUACUUCAAAAUAGAAAGAAAACUCAUACUGAAGAGUACCACUGGCAAGUAGCUCUGCUGUUUAAAAUUUUCCAAGUGGCUUUCCUGUGCAGUUCUCAACUUGGAGAGGCUUGCCAGCACUAUCUAUUGCUGUAAUUAAUUUACCUAACUAAACCAAGAAAGAAACUUUGUCUUUCCAAAUUUAGAGCUCUGCAAACAAGCCCAAAGGCUACUGGCCAGCUGGUCUAAGCCAGUGGGUGUGCUCACAAAACUCGUGGCACCUUGUUCAUAGGUGGUGGGAGAGAGCUAUUUUUCUGAAGGCUGGAUUUCGUCUUCUUCUGGACGAAGCAAUAUACCUCAGUUUGAGUGAUCUUUGGUACUUUAGCAUCAGUGGCAAAUACAUAUGUCAAAUAACCUCCAGUAAAAUUAAAACUGCUAGUUUGUAUCUUUGAACUCUGGUUCACAAUACCAGAAGAAUGUCAACUGAUGGUUGUCUAUGCUUAGUAUUACAUGGAGAUUAUGUAGUUGGUUUAUAUCUGUUCCUGGUCCUUAGCCACUGUAGAUGUUGGUUGAGUUGAGAUCUGCUUGUGCCUCUUAUGGUGGGGGGGCAGAUGUUGGCUUUGGCUUGUGGGCCUACACACUCAGCUUGGCAUGGAGAUACAAGCUUAGAAGGAGUGCUACCAGUUACCUUGCUCAUGAAAAAGCUGUGUAGGCCUUAGGGUAUUGCAGUUGGAGGCUGACAUUACAAGUGCCUCCUAGGGUGGAUGGGAGAGGGAGGGCUCUAUAGCAUGCUUCUGAGUCUCUUUGCUCCAGCAUCUCUGUCUCUCUCUCUCUCUCCUCCCUGUGGCCUGUGCUCUCCCCUCUGGAAAUCUCAAGCUAAAACUCCCUAAUUUAAAAAUCUAUUUUGGGGGAAGGGGGUAGGGAUAUGAUUUGUAUUUCUAAACUCUAAAUUAUCUUGGUUAUAGAUUGUUGUUGUUGUUGUUUGGAGGAUGUGAUAAGGGGAAUAGUUUGUGUGCUGACCAGAAGCAGAAUACAGGAAGAUAUGAUGUUAACAAGGUGGGAGAGAAAAGGAGGUGUUUGUUUAGAAAAAGCCUAGUCACUAAAGCCUGUGGGGCAGAGGAACCCUGCUGAUAACACAGAUGAAACAGUCUGCCUUUUCCUAACUUUAGAGGAGUGGAGCUUUGUAAUAAAUGGCUGCCAUGUGGCAGCUGUCUCCCAGCUUCGUGAGCCUGGCAGUAGUUAAUCCUGUCAGCAAGUCAUGCUCCCUGGAAAAGAGCAGUGAGAAGAGCUUCAAACUCUUGAAUCAUUCUAUCUGCAAAAUAUUUGCAUGUUGAAUGUCUUUCUGCUUAAAACAAGUUUGGUAAUUUGAUGUAGGUUUCCAUCUUUAAGUAACAUUAAAGUGCAGCUGUGUUGGCUUUUAAAUAAAAUGUUAGAAACGUGUUGAGAUAUUGCAAUUCUUUUCUCUCUUUAAAAAAGUAAUUUUCGUUUUGGAAGGUAUAUGUUCCAGAGUACAAAAUGUGCUGUGUAGAGAAGAGACACUGUGUUGCUAUCCCUGUAUGUUAAAAAAUUACAGGUUGAGCAUUUGAGAUCAUGGUUAUCCUUAAAAGCUUGAGGCUUUAAAAUUAAUCUGUUCACUUCAGUUUGCUUUUUGUAUUUUGCUGAGCAUAUAAAGUGUUUGUCCUUUUUCCAAAAGUCAAAAAACUAGAAUUUUGACUUAAAAAAUAUGAGAUUUUGUGAAAUAAUGUAGCACUCUGAGAUUUUACAGGCUCAUGAUAAAAUCUUGAUGGUUGACAAUACUGCCACCAGGAAAUGGGUUUAAAUCCCUGUAAUUUCUACUUUUUCUUUUCUCAUUUUGCUGUGUUAUUUUGUGAAGCACAAAAUAUUUUGGAAAGCUACCUGGUACAGUGCUCCAAGCAGAGAGUGCGCUGGCAUCUCCUGCAAAGACAGCAUGCUUGGGCUGCAAAGGAUGAGUUGGGAGCUCUGCAAAAAGCAAGCUGAUGUUCUCUGUCUUGGGCUUGCCUGUGUUUGCUAGCAUAUGGAUGCAGUUAGAGUGGUGAAACACCAUGUGGGACAUAGCUACUCCAAGAGGAGUUUUUUCCUGGAGUUUUUUCUAGCUUAUCCUAUUUUCAGAAUGAUUUUUGUAAAAUUGCCUGUGCAUUCAGUUCCUCUGUGAAACUCUUCAGAUGCUCAUCUUGGAGGAAGAGAAUUGUAACCAGAGCACCACACAAGAAGCAGGGCACUAGCACAGGAGAUUUUCUGUAUCUUCCUCAAUAUGAUUCAUCCUGCCUCUGUAAUCCCUGCUGAACCCGUCCUGCACACACACGCAGCUCUGGCUACAUGUGAAGAGCAAGUGUGAGGGGGUGAAUUGUUUGCUUGUUUCCCUCUCCAGAGAUUUGCUUUAAACCUUCACCUCGAGUGCUGGCUCUGAAGCUGCCCUUGGCUGAGCUGCUGGCCAUCAGGGUGAGGGACAGAGAUGGGGACAGGGAUAGGCCCUCCUUCCCUCCCUCCCCACCUCUCUCCCUCCCUCUCUCCCUCCCUCCCUCCCCAACAGCUGCAGGCACCAAUUGCCAGGGAGCAGCCCGGCCGCAUGGUUUCGUGGCUUUCUUCCUCUUGUUACUAAUGUGCCUCCUUGUUUCCGUGAUGCUGUGCAGAGGAACAAGCAGACGGAUUGUCUCUUCCCAGGGUGGGUGCCCAGGCAUCUGCACAGCCAGUUGGUAUGGCACAGGAGCCCCUGUUUUUUCAGUGACACCAGGGGCUAUUGAUGGCAGGCUGGGGCUGUGCUGCUGCUGCUGCACAGAUGCUUGCUCUUGGCCCACCUUAAAAGGACAAGAUAUCCCGUGGUUUAGACUGGCCAUAUAUUGUCAGGGAUGUCAGCAUCUCCGUCACAGCUACCCAGCUGAGCCCGGUGUCCCACUUCACCCGCCCUGCGUGCCUGCAGCCUCUCCUCAGUCAGAGCUGAAGGGUGCUGUAACUUGGAGCAUUUGAAGGGGAGGUCUCUUUUCUUUUCUGUUACUCAGAAAUGUUUUCCAUCUGGCUCUCCCUAGUGCAAUGCAUCUAGCUCAUCCAUUGGGCUCUCAGACAAAUAUCUCAUGCCCUCAGCAUAGUACUUGCUUAGGUACAUAGGUGAUGGGACAUUAACCUAUAGCUCCCCCCACAUCCCCUCCAGGGUUUUAACUCAAGUGGGUUUGUCAGGGCAACGUGAAAAUGAAAAAAACCCCCAAGCAACAAACUCACUAAGCUAUAUUUUGAUUGUUUCCUCAUUUUGCAAUCCUUCACCCCCUCUUCCUUGUCUGAGAUGGCAGCAGCAGCAGGAGAUGAGGUUUUGUCUCCCAGGGCUGUGCUUCACCAGGAUUGCUGGGGCUCCCCUUGGACAGGUGCAUCUCCCUUUCCUCGGCCUGUUGGGCGUGCAGGCACACACAGUGGGGUAGGCCAUUGGUCCUUGCUUCAUCUUCCCCCUGUGCCCCUCUGCUCUCUUGCCUCAUCCUGGGCUCCUUCGGGGCAUGUGGGCAAUGGUUUUGGCAGGCAGUGUGAUGCCACUCGCCUGACCUGUCCUGCCUUUGCAAAAUACUUGCAUCCCGCCUUCAGGGCCCACUCCCUCCAGUCUCUGGCUCUACUCUGGACUCCCACCCUCCGCCACACUAUGUUCCAAGCCUGUCCCCUUGCCCAGUGGGAUGUAAGCCAGCCCUGGCCCAAGUGAGAGAUGCAGCAACCGGACUAGGGAAGACUGAUAGUGUGGGGAGAGACCCCGGGCCACGUCCCAAGGAGUGCUGCCCUGUUGCAGCCAGUGCCAGCCCAGGGGAGACGUGAAGGGACUUUCUCGGGUCGCCACUUCAUCUAAGGCAAAUAAACGGGAGUUAAAGCCAAGAAUCACAUUGACUUCCUGGAACUCUGCAAGCCGUCCGCACAGCUGUCCCCACUCCCCGAACACAUGCAAAGCAGAGCUUAUAAGGACAGACAGUGUUGCUUUUGUGUCCUUCCUCAGCCAGUGGGGGAGGGCGCAGGGGAGGAGAUGUGCUGGGUAAAGCCCAAGGCGUGUCUUGUUCCGUGUUCCCCCUGCGUUGUUGUGAUUCCCAGUGACUAGGGGAAGCCAGACUCCUUCCCACUGGCCUCCUCACAGCUGUGCAGGCAGGCAAGGAUGAGGAUGGAGGGGUGUUUGCAGUUGUCAACAUGGGAAGGAAUGGACGGAGGUCCUCUUAGAGCCACUUGUUUUACUCUCCUGUUGUCCUGACUUUAUUUUGUUGCCUAAAUGUGGUGUUCACGGUCCCAAGUUUGUUAAGCUGUCUUCAAAUCUUAAUAUCCUUUUUGCUUGAGCGAGCUCUUGAAGCUAACUGCAGUUUUGUGACAAAGGCUUCCUGGAGGACCAGGUACUCACCAACAAGCUGAUACAAACAGCAGAGACGAGGAGCAGCCCACAGAUACCUCUUUGGUCAGGGGAAAUAAUGCUAAGGUAUUAGAAAAGUCUCAAAAUUCAUCAGCAGCUGCUGAUCUAAAUGCAGCCAUAGGUUACUGCAGUUCUUGCAGUGCUGUGUGUUCUGUGUGGCACUGCUGUCCCCGAAAAGGGCAGCGCUGGUCAGGAACUCAGAUCAAACUCUAUGAGGAGAUUACCAAGUGCGCUGGGCUUUCCUGUUGGGAGCCGGGGGGCUGUCAGGUUUCGCUUUCGCUCGUGUUGCCGGAGCAGCUUUUGCCUGAGUUCUCUUUUCUAGCCUAGCACAACCACAGGCUCCUGUGUGAGGGCUGUUUCCACAGCACACAGCUCUUGCGAAAGGUGCAAACAUGGCUUCACUCUCCAAGUUAGCAAAUGGAGCACAGGGCCAAGAGGAUGGGCAUGAAUUCAUUUUGUAUUAAGGCUGUGUGGUGGCUGUGCACAUUGCUGUAAACCAGUUAGACCAUAAAGGUGAAUUUCACCCAGGAAACCCCUGCUUUGCCCAUAAGGUGUCUCAUUGUUGUAUUAGUACAACUUCCUUGUUUUCAGUGUAUUGCACCAAUGUAAUGCCAGAGUAUCAUGGUGAUUCAGAGUUGUUCACUAAAGGCAUCAGCUAAGUUCAAAUUCUGGCAUGCUUUAUGGAGAGAAGCUUCUGGUCAUCUGAGCCAAAGUCUUGAAGAGCAUUACUAGCCAUAAGUUACCACAAAGGGACUUUCAAAAGAUACAUAAAAACUAAGUGCACACAUGUAUCCCAUCAUGCUUGCAAGGAAAUAAAACAGGAGGAGAAAAUAUGUUUGAAUAUUUAAAAUUUAGCCUAACUGUUAGGUGUUAUAGCAACAGCAUGCAAAAUAGUCUGGAAAUACAGGGAUCAUCUUGUUCUUGUUUAGUGCUUCUUCCCCUGUCCCACUCCCACCAGAAGAUCGUGCAUAACUUGGUUUUAAGGCAUGUCCAUGAGCAUUUGGUUCACUUGUUUAUUCCAUGUCUGGGUGUAUCUGUCUAUGUGCAAGUUAGACAUAAGGAUAUUGUGGACUCACAGGGUUAUUUCGAGAGACAAUGUAUUAUACCUGCAUUAACACAGGCACAGUGAUUCUUUCACUAAUAGCUGAGAGAGUUUAUAGAAAGGGAAGAGUUUGUCUUUUUUGGUGCUCAGAUAUUACCCUUCAGUAGAUUUUACUCCUUUUGGUUGUUGUUCUUGUGUUUGGUUUUGUUUGUUGUUUUGGUUUUUUUUUUGUAGAGGAAAAUGUUACUUAGAGGUGCAAGUUCAAAAGUUUUGGGGUAGCAUUCUUAGUUUUUACUGUUAAGUGAAAAAGCGGCCACUAGAUACUCCCAUGCCACUCUGUUUCUGUGCUUGUCUUCCUUUCCCUGUGGGCUGCUCUAUACUGGUGCUCCAGCAGUGAUGAUGGUGAGGUGACACACCCAGUUGUAAUUUUCUAGUGCUGGAGUGCAGAGCCAGCACCAACAUUUCAGUAGCAAGGGCAGAGUUGGUAUUAAAAAAGGUCAUUUGGGAAAACUUUGUUCAUUUGGUUUUCUUUUGCCUUGAGGCAGUGCUUUGAAUAGUGUUAACCCUUUUUUUCUUCCCACACGAUGCCUUUUCACCCUAUUUCCUUCCUGCCAGCUUUGAUGGAAAGUUAUGUUCAAAAGGUAGUGCGGGUGAUAGUGUGCAUCUCUGUUGGGGUGGGAGUGACCAUUUGUGCUUGGGAAUGUUGCCUUGUGCUCUGUGUAGAAGCCUAGUGGGAGACCAGUGCAUCAGAAGCAGUCUGGAGUGCAGUGUAGCGAUUCUUAGGUAUUAUAAUCUCAAGGGUAAAGAGUAAACUUUGUUUAUUCAAAUGUGAUAUCUCUCUUUGAAGUUCUCUUCUUGUCUAAAUUUGUAUACUAGCAGGUCUGGCCUUCAUUUAAAUGAUCCUUGGGUUUUUUUCGUGCCACUUAGAAAAAAACAGUGGGAAAGCCUUGACUAAGUUAAUAGUGUUGCUAAGAUGGAAAUGAUGAAGAAGGCUCAGGAUUCCUGUUUGGACCUCAUGGGAAAAAAUGUGCUAGAGGGUGCUGCUGAAGAAGAGGCUGAAGAGCCAGACGCAACUCUACAUACUACACUAAGUGAAGAGACCAGCACCCCAGAAGAGAGCCACAGUCAAUCAGGGGAGAAAGAUGAAGAGAAGCAGCUGGAAAGCUUAAACAGCUAUAAGGCAUCACCAAGUUCACCAAACAGUUUGGACGGAGCAGACUUGUCCUCCAUUGACGCCAUGAUGUCAGCAGUGAUGAAUGUGGGGAAGAUUGCUGAAAAUGGCGGGAAUUCUCAAAAUGUCAAAUCCCCUUCAAAGUCUCCUGCACCAAAUCGGAUUGGCAGGAGGAACCAGGAAACAAAAGAAGAGAAGUCUUCCUAUACCUGUCCUCUGUGUGAAAAGAUUUGCACUACACAGCACCAGCUAACUAUGCACAUUCGUCAGCAUAACACUGACACUGGAGGGACAGACCAUUCCUGCAGCAUCUGUGGAAAGUCUCUGAGCUCAGCGAGCUCCCUUGAUCGCCACAUGCUGGUGCACUCAGGUGAAAGGCCUUAUAAAUGUUCAGUAUGUGGACAGUCCUUCACCACCAAUGGAAACAUGCACAGGCACAUGAAGAUUCAUGAGAAGGAUCCAAACAGCACAGCGAGCACCACUCCCCCCUCGCCGCUGAAGCGCAGGCGAUUGUCUUCGAAACGGAAGUUCAGUCACGAUGCUGAGCUGGACAGAGAGGAGAGGACACCUGCAAAAAAGGUUCUCGAGGAUGGCCAUUCUGGUGAAGGGGAUAAGAGGGCUGACGAUGAAGUUUAUCAUUGUCCAGUGUGUUUCAAAGACUUUUUUUGCAAGUAUGGGCUGGAGUCCCACAUGGAGACACAUCCAGAUAAUUCAUUGAGGUGCGACAUCUGUUGUAUUACCUUUCGUACUCAUCGGGGCUUACUGCGCCAUAAUGCAGUUAUCCACAAGCAGCUUCCCAGAGAUCCCAUGGGAAAGCCUUUCAUUCAGAACAACCCUUCAAUUCCAGCAGGCUUCCAUGACUUGGGAUUCACGGACUUCUCCUGUAGGAAGUUCCCCCGCAUUUCUCAGGUCUGGUGUGAAACAAAUUUGCGAAGGUGCAUCAGUGACUUCCAUCGAUUUAUUUGCGAGAUGUGUAACAAGGCAUUCCCCAUGCUUUCUGCACUCAAACUGCACACAGAAACUCACGUGGUGGAUCAGGGAAAAGACAAGCACAAGCCCCAGUCCAUGACCCCACCCAGUGAGAAUCCAGACCAGAAAGCCUUCAUGGCAUCCUUGGGCCUACAGUACACCAAAGACAUCAAGCCUGUCAAGCAGGAGGACAGUACACAAGACGAGGUCCAAGAAAUGCGGCUCAGAGCACUGAAGAGUAACCUACCUCAGGAACCUGGCAGCACCAGUCUGCUCAGCCUCUCUCCUCUGGAAGCUGCCUCCAUGGGAGGGUCAUUUUCAGUCCUUCCCCCUACAAAAGAAAACAUAAAGCUUCUCUCGCUGCAGCCUUUCCAGAAGGGUUUUAUUAUCCAGCCUGACAGCAGUAUUGUGGUGAAACCCAUCUCCAAUGAGUCUGCCAUUGAGCUGGCAGACAUUCAGCAGAUCUUGAAGAUGGCUUCUUCUGCUCCUCCUCAAAUUAGUCUUCCUCCACUUUCUAAGGCACCUUCUGUCCCUGUGCAGUCAAUUUUCAAGCAUAUGCCACCACUGAAGCCAAAGCCUUUGGUAACGCCCCGAACAGUUGUCGCAACCUCUACACCUCCUCCUCUUAUCAGUGCCCAGCAAGCCUCCCCUGGCUGCAUCAGCCCAAGUCUCCCACCUCCCCCUCUGAGGCUGAUCAAGAACUCAGUGGAGUCUGCCUCCAACUCUCAUCUCUCCCAGCCAGGAGCCAAAUCAAGUCCUUCUUCACAGUUGCUCCUCCAACCCAAAGUAGAGCCUUUAACUCAGCAUGAGAUGAAGACACAGCUGGAGCAGGACAGCAUCAUUGAAGCUCUCCUGCCUCUAAGUAUGGAAGCCAAGAUUAAGCAAGAAGUCACGGAAGGAGACCUCAAAGCCAUCAUCGCAGGGGCAGCGAACAAGAAGACGCCAACCAUGAGGAAAGUUUUGUACCCCUGCCGUUUCUGUGACCAGGUGUUUGCCUUCUCUGGUGUCCUGAGAGCUCACAUCCGUUCUCACUUGGGUAUCUCUCCAUAUCAGUGCAACAUCUGUGACUACAUUGCGGCUGACAAGGCAGCACUGAUCCGGCACCUGCGGACGCACAGUGGGGAGAGGCCUUACAUCUGUAAAAUCUGCCACUAUCCGUUCACAGUGAAGGCCAAUUGUGAGAGGCACCUGCGAAAGAAGCACCUCAAAACAACCAGGAAGGAUAUCGAGAAGAACAUUGAGUAUGUCACCAGCAAUGCUGCAGAGAUGGUGGAUGCCUUCUGCUCCCCAGACACGGUGUGCAAGCUGUGUGGAGAGGACCUGAAGCACUACCGGGCCCUCCGCAUUCACAUGAGGACACACAGCGGCUGCCAGAAGAAGAAGCCAUUUGAGUGCAAGGAGUGUGGCACGGCCUUUUCGGCCAAGAGGAAUUGCAUUCACCACAUCCUCAAGCAGCACUUGCAUGUGCAAGAAAAGGAGAUUGAGAAUUACAUCUUAAUGGUGGACUGCAGUGCCCAGGAAAGCCAGACAGACCCUUCUUUAUUGGAGGACAGCACUUACAUGGACCACAAGCCCAUGACGCCUUUCCUGGAGCCACAGAAUGGCUUCUUGCUGGGAACAUCAUCUCACGUUUCCAUCAAACGUGAACCUGUGGGCAACUUCCCCAUGGAUUUUGAUGAGCCGUUGGAUUUCUCUCAGAAGAGCAAAAGCCUGAGUGCUGUGCAGGUGAAGCAGGAGAACUUGUUUGGUUCAUCUCUGUCCCUUUAUGACUGUUCCAUGGAGCCUAUUGACCUGUCCAUCCCCAAAAUCCUGAAGAAGGAUAAAGAUGAUGCCCCCUGUGAAGCCAGGAAUCAAGAGCUGGCUGCUUCUGGGAACAGUGAUAAAGCCUAUAACUGUCUGCAGUGUCCUUUGGUUUUUGGUGCCAAUGGGAACUCGGAAACAAACCGGGGUGUCAGACAUCCCCAGCCACUGAAAGGUUCGUUGCAUUUGACUGUCCCGAUCAUUUCCCCGGCUCUCGCUGGCAAUUCUGCCUUGCUGAGACCCCUGAGGCCUAAACCACCACCACCACCUCUCUUGCCAAAGCCUUCAGUAACUAAAGAGCUGCCACCAUUGGCUUCCAUUGCACAGAUCAUUUCAUCUGUGUCUUCUGCUCCCACUUUGCUGAAAACAGAGGCUGCAGACGCCGGUCCCAAGGCAGUGAGCAGCUCCACUGGGUGUGACAAAUCAGGGAAUGCCAAAGCUAAAGUGACAAUCGUGAGCACCGUUCAGAGAGACUCCAGCCUGCCCAGUGACCUGUCUCAGGCUUGUGAUCCAGAGCAGUCUCCCAUCGCUGAUACUGGGUUGACUAAGAAAAGAGGUAGAAAGAAAGGAACAAAAAAUAAGCCUAAACUUAGCAAUAGUGUGGAUCUGGAGUCAAGUGGGGAAUUUGCCAGCAUAGAGAAGAUGUUGGCUACCACAGACACUAACAAAUUUAGCCCAUUUCUGCAGUCCACUGACAAUUUCAAGGAAGAAAGUGGCAGAAAUGGAACAAGUGAGGAUGAGAAGGAAGCUGCCAAGGAUAAGCUGCUGAGAGGGAAGAGGAACACGUACUCAGACUGCCUGCAAAAUAUCCCCUGUCCUUACUGUCCUCAAGUCUUUCCAUGGGCACAUGCCCUGCAGCGGCACAUGCUCACUCACACAGAGAACCAGGUGGAUGCAGAGACACUAGCUGCAGGAAACAAAGUCUUGAACCUGAGCUACAGCGAGAAGGAGCAGUCAGAGGAAAUGACAGAGCUACCAGAGAGUGAGCGCGGCCCCAAGGAGGAGCAGAAGGCUGACUCGCUUCUGGCAGAAGAGGAUGCUGAAGAAAAAGUGGAUGGAUAUGAAGAGGGCCCUGAGGAAGAUUCUGUAAGUAACAAAAGUCUUGACCUCAAUUUUGCCAGCAAAUUAAUGGACUUCAAGCUGGCAGAGAGUGACCAGAGUGCAGGCAGCAGUUCUCAGACUGAAAGGAAACAUGCCUGUGACAUUUGUGGCAAAACCUUCAAGUUUGCUGGCACUCUUAGCCGUCACAAAAAGGCCCACAUUCGUGAGGACAGAAAGGAUGAAAGGAGCAGUGAGGAUGAAAGCAAAAGCAUUCAGGAUGAUGCAGGAGCUCCCUCGAUGCAGGACUCUGGUCUUGAGCAGGAAGAGUCUCCGUUGGACUUGAAGGUAGUGGAGUCUCCUGUGGACUUUGAGGCAACAGGAAAGGAGAAUGAAGAGAGCGAAAGCAUCUCUGAGGGGGAAGGCACAGAGAGAAAGUCCACUGAGAAGAGCAGUGAUGACAAACCAAAGACUGAUGGGGCUAAGAGUACUGCAAAAGCAGACAAAAGAAAGAAAGUCUGUACUGUGUGCAACAAGCGUUUCUGGUCUCUGCAAGAUCUGACGCGACAUAUGCGGUCUCAUACAGGUGAGAGACCUUACAAGUGUCAAACCUGCGAACGGACCUUCACUCUGAAGCACAGCCUGGUCCGUCACCAGCGCAUCCACCAGAAAGUGAAAAAUGCCCGAAACCACGGGAAGGAGAGCGACAAGGAGGAGACGCAGUCAAGGUGCGGAGAAGACAGUGAGAACGAGUCCAGCCACAGCGGCGCCAACCCCAUCUCUGAAAGCGAGGGCGAGUCCGCGGGGGGCGUCGGUAGCCAUUCGUCCCUCGCGGGCAGCCGGAGCGAGCCCCUGGCCGGAGCGGUCAUGGACUCUCCCUGCGGAGAGGAGAGGAGCGGCGCCUGCCUCGCCGAGCCCCCCAAGAGCGCGCAGAAACAGAUGGCAAAAGACCAGGAACCACGGGGCGGCUCCGAGCACGAGAGGCCCUCGGGUUUCAUCCAAGACUUGCUGGAGAUGCACAACGCUCCGUCUCCCAUGAAUCACAUCCUGGCCUCCGCAGACAGUGCACCUCAGCUCUUGGGGGUGGAAUGACUUGCUAGGAGGUUGGACCCAUCUCAGCAGGCAAACUGAAGCCAGCAGAGCAAGGUUUCUGGAGUCUGGUUUUGGAAGAGCAACCUUACAGCUACGGGGAGAGUAUGGCAGACUGGAAGUGGUGCCAUAUGCCUUUCAGUAUAAUAAUGCAAGAGACUACAGUCUAUACUGAUUUGAGUGCCUUACUACUUUAUUAGAUCUUUUGGUAUUAGAGAUUUUUUCAAAAAUGAUUUUAAUAUUUUAAAGAAUUAUUUGGAGAGGACCCUUUUUCAUUUAAGCAUUAAUGUUACCUUUUGUAUUGGUGUGCGUGAGCUUGUUCUUGUAUAUCUGUGAUAGUCGCUGUGUUUGUUCUCUGAGCUGGAAAUGGGGCAGUGGGGUGGGAGGCCCUUGGAUACCAUAGCCAAUAACUGGAAGAAAAAUGAUGUGAAUUUCAUAUGAAAUAGUCAGAGGAGAUUCAGAGGAGACAUUGAUUUAUUGUUUUUUUCCUCAGUAGAUAUUCAUGCAUUUGCCACAUGGUGGAGCAUUAAGCCUGUUUCAGGCCUGAACAACGUGGCAGUUGAAGGUGUUCAAAGUGGUUCAAGCCAAAAGCAGGAAACACGAAUUAAUUUCAACCUCAUGCUUGUUUCCACUUUUCAGCAUUAGAAGUGGUCUUCUAAAUCCUAGGGGUUUUUUCUGGCCAUCACGGACUGAGCGUGUAUACAGAGAAGAGUUACAUAGCAACGUAACCUAUGGAAAUUAUGCACCCGCUGUUACAUAUGUUUGAUUUGCUUCAGUAUAUUAUUAUUAUUAUUAUUUUAUUAUUAUUUUAUAAAUCCAUCAGUUCGCUUGUGUCUGCAGUCAGCAGAAGCCAAUGGGCAAUAUUUGCCCACGGAGAUGCGUAGCGCAGCUUGGAUCCCGUCUCGGAGUGUUCUUGACCCAUCGCUUUCACCAACUCCUCCUCCUCCUCCUCCUCCUGUUGUUGUUGCAGCUCUUCUACUGUACUUUACAUGAACCCCUUCCUCCGACCGGAGCGUCCCGCGGGGGCCAG